CCAAGUUGCAAGUCCCUCCACCGUCAUCGUCUAUAUCGACCUUCGCGCCGUCAGUUAUGGCGCCCGAACCUACCUCAGGGGGCAGCGCCCCCACAUAUGAAGAAAAACCCACUGUCCGCUACACCGCCGCUGCCGCUCUUCAAGCCACCAUGGUCGGCGCCUUCGUCAGUACCAUCCAGAACGCACUCGGAGCGCACAACCAAGGAGCAGCAGGCUUUUUCACGAGGAGCGGAGGGACCAUUGGCUUUUUUGCCGCGAUGGGUGCGACUUUCGCAGGGACACGGAGCGUAGUGGCGAAUACGAGGCAGGUAGAUGACUCUCUGAACGGUGUUGCGGGUGGUUGUGCUGCUGGAUUUUUGGCCGGCAUACGAUCACGUUCUCUGCCAAUGGCCGUCGGCUCCUGCGCUGUCCUUGCAGCCCUUGUGGGGACAUUCGAGUACACCGGGGAGUCGCUGCAGGGAGAUACAUCGUCGUUGUCGUUCGAGGAGAGACGGAGGCGGUUCUUCAAGCACGAGCCACCACAAGCUGCAGGUCCUGCAGCUCCGACCGCCGCCGUUACGUCCGCUUAGCCUUAGACAUAACCAAUCUCAGCAGUUUGUUACAGAUCUUAUUUCCC